CACGGCGUGCCUCGUCUUAUGCUCUUUGAAUGCCUCUUCCUCAUAGUGCAUAAAUUACGUGAUCCACUUAACUUAGGUAGACGGGGCCCUUCACCGACACUGAGCAGUGACUCCAGUUGAUUGCUCUUCUUCGUUGACCCCCAAAACGAUCCUACGUUGGUUAUACGUUAGGUUCGGCGCAUAACAUAUGGUGCGACUGCUUAUACAGCGUGGGCUUUAGUUUUAGGCUCUGACGCGAUCGAAGGCAACAGCGCAGCGGGCACACACGGUAAUUAGUAGAAAUGCACGGACGGCGGAGUUCAUCGAAGGCUGAUGUCAUCAGGGGUUGGCAUAAGGCGCUGGCUGUCGUCGUUGGCAUCCUUGCGGGCUACCUCUUGGGUGGCGUGUUAAUGGAAACAGCGGACUUGCUGUAUUCUACCCCGGUGACACCAACGGCUGUGACGUUGGGCGGCAAGGCUGCAACCCAAGAGAAUAAGGAGGCGAAGGUAGCUGGGGACACCAUUCAUUCAGUGCUUACCAGCAACGGCAGCCCCUACCAGAACUUCCAAGGGCGGAUCAUGUACGGCACUUAUAAGCUCGUACAGAAGAUGCCCGGUGGAGAGAAGUUGACUGGCUUCACGCGCAUCCUGCACCGCAUGAAGCCGGACGAGCUCAUGGACGAGAUUCCCACCUUCCGCGCCGACCCGCUGCACCCCAAGUGCGACGAGUGGUGCGACUUCCCGGUGGCUGACCGGCCCAACGCGGUGCAGCAGUGGAUCAACGCCGUGGAGAAGGACCCCAGCAUGGUGAAGGGAGCGUGGAUUCUGCUGCUGGAGUGCGACUAUGUGUGGAUGCGACCUGUGCAGGCGCCCAAUGCGUACGACCCCAAAUCUUCUGGGCUCCAGUUCUUCUUCGACUACAUCAUGCCGGACCAUCCAAAUGCAAGGCCGCAUAUGAACAAGCUAUCGGGCGGCCGGGUGCCUACUGACAAGAUCCCAGCAUCCGGCCCGGCCCCCGUGCUGAUUCGCUUUACGGACCUUGUGGGUGUGGUGCCCGAAUGGGAGCGCCUGGCAGCUGCCAUUGAGGCUGACCCCGAGGCGGUGAAGCAGCUGGACUGGGUGCGCGAGAUGUACGCCUGGGACAUUGCGGUGGCGCUGCGCAACGUGAGCAUUGUGACGGAGAAGCCGCCGCACAGCCACCUCAUCGCGCAGCCGCCGCAUGACUUGACGCUUGGAGAUGCGGCCAUGUUCCAUUACACCUGGGGCUCGCUCUACCACGAGAAUGGCAAGGAGUUCUGGCGGUGGGAGAAGCGCGACUUCACAUCCCGCGAGGUGGCGCUCAAGGUGCCGCUACUGAAGAUGCCUCCGCAGCCGUGGAAGGAGGGCUGGGUGCUGCAGGACGGCCUGCCUGUGACCAAGGAGCUGCAUGAGACGAACACGGCCAUGAUUGGCCAAAUGAACAAGGCGAUUGCACUGCUUCCCGACUUGUCGAAUGCGCCGCAGCGCACGUAACGCUCGGAUGCGUGAUCCCGCUGAUCCCACUUAGCUCUAGUAGCAGGCGAUGGAUUGGCGUUAUGGCGAUGGUGCUGACUUAAGUUGAAAGGAUGCAAUCGACUUGGAUGUAUGUGAACGGAGUGGAGUUUAUGGGUGGGCUGGGAAUAUCGUACCUGACGGGACGUGAGACUUGGGGCGAAAUUGCUGUCGAUUUUGUGAUCAGGUGUGUAUGGUACUGUGGGUUGCCUGGUGUGAAGUCGAACUUCGAGGCUAUGUUGCUAAACAGCUAUGCGCAUUUGUUUGGUUAUGGACUUGCGAUCCGGUACGUUAUACCAUAUAGCUGGCUGACCUGCUGCAAGUUCGGCACUGUGGCACGGUAGACGACGGUAGGUUAGAGCGGUUAGGUCGCUAGGCCUUUGCUGAACGAAAAAUGGAAGGAGUGCCCUGGACUGUCCUUGUGUACACGUCUAGUAGACGGUUCCUACUGAUUUGUGGACUUCACGGACUUGGACCGCAGCGCUGCCGAAGUACGACCGCCAAGGGCUUCGCCUAUCCAAUUUUGCUGCGAAGAUUUUAAUAACACUUCGUUAGCUUCUGUGAUGCUAUAAUUGGUCCGCACAGGCAUACCACUAUUAAGGAAAGCCUGCACUUAUCAAUUCACUGCAACGCAGUUGUCUCAACGAUUGACAAUUACCGUAACGAAAAACACCUUUUAGGAAACCAAAGUAAAUCCUAACGCAUAGUAUACGGCGCUCAGCUUACAACAAUAACUAGCGAAGUCCAUUGACAUGGUCUUAAUAAGUUGACUCCGGCGCUGCGUGCCGGAUUGUUUGUGCCGGCAUCACCGGCAUAAAUGUCAGGAUUCGGACUAUCUGCUGAAUUCGGCAACAAUGGGGGCUUACCAGCGCCAAGGUUCGGGAGCAAGGUUUCAGCCUCUGGUUCGGACUUUGCCGCUGAGUACAGCUUUGGUGGCGGUAUUUCAUCAGCCCAACCGCAGCGCCCCCCUUCCAGAGUGGAUGACCUAGCGCUCGCAGCACAGCUUCCACCGCCAAGGCCGCCCUCCGGCGAUGGAUAUGGGCUGGCAGCGGAGGCAGCGCCCUCAGCUCCACGUAGCAUAGCGGAGGAUGAAGACCCAGUGUUUAAUACGCCGACCUCGAGGCGUAAUGGAAGGCCGCCGGUGCAAGCUGUAGAUAAUGAGCCGCUGGCGGGGCCGUCAAGGCGACCAGGUCCCGUCAGCUCCAAGUCCCGAUUGCGUCCGGGUGCUCUACCAGCGCGCCCGGACUUGGAUUCUGGGCCGCAGCGGGACAACUUUAGGCGGCCACAGCAGCUGCCGCCACCGAACUUGUACCCAGGAGAUGACCUGGGCGGAGAUGUCCCAGCACUGGGGCCAAGGGUACCUUCGGAUGGCCCUGCUUCACGGCUAGCGCGAGAGCGGGCCCAAACGUUUGAGGACCCAGCGGACCGGUACGCACGGGAGCGCGCUGAGAAGCUUCUUAGCCGUCAAGCGGCACCUCGCGUCGCGCAGCAGCAGCUGGACCGUCAGGAACUGGAGCGCGCGGCCACCACGAUUCAGCGCUACUAUCGUGGACACCGGGUACGCAAGACGCUGUCGCCUGGCGCUCCCAUGUUCCGGAGGGCACAACAGCCGUACGAAGCUGGGGCGCCGGCUGUUGUCGAAGGGCAGUUUGGGGCCACACCCGACCAGCAGCUGCUGGGAAGGGUGCGGUUCAACCCGGAAACAAGUUUUGAGCCGCGCAGGGCGCUGCCCAACGUCCCUAUCAUCGACAUUGACAAGAUGCCCAAGUACGGCGUCCUCGCUCAGCCCUUCCCUCGUGCGGAGCGCCGUGCCGGUACCUUCAUCGAUUUCAACCGGGAGACCAACACCUUUGUCAAGAACCGCGACGUCCUGCGGGAGGCGCUGGAGCACAAGCGGGGCUACCUGGAGCAGCGGCCGCUGCUGCAAUGGGCGGAGUUCACGGGGCGGCAGAAGCAGCGCUACGUGCCCAUCGUGCCGGAUGCGCAUCGCCGCAUCCUGCCUGAGACUCAGGGCUACCGGUUGCGCAUCCUCAAGGUCGCCGACAUGCCCAUCAACACCACCUUCGACGGCCGUACAUUCGAGUUCCAGUUGAGCGUGUCGCUGUACGACGAGGCGUACGGCACGUUUUACGGCAACACCUGUUACAGCAUGCCGGACACGUACGACCGCGGGCGUGCGCAGGCGCGCAACGCCAUCGAUCUGGACAUGACCUUUGACGUGUACUACCACACCACGGUUUCGGAUCCGCGCUGCAUGGCGGUUGUUGAAGUUAUCAUGCUGGAGCGAAUGUUGGACGGAGUGGUCAAGGGGCAGUACUCGCUCGGCUGGGCGCUGCUGCCGCUAUUCCGGGUUUCCCAAGGUGCCGUGUCACCCGGGGCUCCGCUGAGCAGCGGCAUGCAGCUGGACAGCGCGCCGGGGCGGCCGCUGGCGGUGCCGCUCAUGGCGGGCACCCCGCGCUACCUGCUGUUCCGCAACGUCUACAACGAGGACCUGAGGCCGCCGAAGGUCAUUCCCAACGCCUCCAUCCUCUUCCAGGCGGAGGUGUACCCCGCCAUGGAGCCCUACAUCCCUCUGCUCCCCGAGGACUUCCUGGUCACCUACAGCGACGUGGUGCCCGGCCUGCGCCGCUUCAACGUGGCCGGCCUGCUGUCCACCUCCACCAAGACCGUGAUCUCCACGCUGGCCUCGCCCAUGCUGAGCCCCACCUACUCCGUCAUGCUGCGGCGCAUGCAGCUAGCGCUGCCCAUGCGCGUGCAUGACCUACUGAUGGGCCUGGAUGCACGCAGCGGCAUGGCUACCGGAUACGUUCCACCGCCAGGCACCGCCGCUUCUCAGGCGCCCAUCUACCAAACACCCUCCACUGGCACGCUGUCGUACGCCAUCCGCGUCUCGGUGCACAACGGCCGCAGCUUUGUGGGCCCUGCGUACGAGCUGAACGGGCUGACGCACCUGGACGUGCCGGGCUGGAAGGUGCUGCAGGUGCCCACCCCGCACCCCGUGUUCGACUAUGUCAUGGCGGACUCGCUGGUCACCAUUGUGGUGGAGCUGAUGGCCACUCCUCCGCAGCCCCAGCCGCCCCCGGGCAUGGCUCCGCUGCAGUACCUGGUGGGAUACACCGCCUUCGUGCCCUUCUCCGAGCUGCAGCCCGACGGCAGCGGCGCCAGCGUGGCGGUGGGCGUGCACCGCUACGCGCUGCGGCCGCCCAAGCCGCUGCUGCUGCGCCACCAGCCGCCGCUGAACUGGCGGGCGCUGCUGGGCGACAUGAUGAGCCAGGAGAUACCCGACCCGAUGGUGGAGUUCCAGCUGUUUGAGACAGCCCGCACGCCCAUCCUGCCGCCGCUCAAAAAGGUCUUUGCCGUCAUUGAGGCCCAGCGCGAGGACGAGGCGCAGCUGGGAGACCAGCCGCUGGAGCAGCUGCUGCAGCCCGUGCCGGUGCCGCAGGAGAUCGUGCCGCCGCCCGAAAUCAACGAGGUGGUUUCGGAGCCGCUGCCGCCACCACAGUUGCCGCUGGAGCCGAUGCUGCAGCAUGAGCAGCAGGCGCUGGUGCCACAGCAGCCGCAGCAGUUCUUCGUGCCUGAGGAGCUGCCGCCCCCGGAGCAUGCGUCGUCAAUGGACCUGGGUCGGCUGCCGAGCAGGAGCAUAGCCCGAAGUCUUCCGAGCUCCCACAACUGGGCAGCCCAGGCUCCCCAGGUAGCCGCCAUCCCGCCGGAGCUGCAUGAGCUCACCGCGGCCAUGCAGCGGCAGCUGGAGCUGCUCUCGCGCGCAGUGGACGAGCUCAAGGACGAGCGCAAGUCCAUGCGCAACUCCUUCCUGGCGCUGGCGGACAGGGGCGGCGGCGCCGGCGAUGACGUCAGCCAGAUGCGCGACAAUGCCGCCGCUAGCGUGCAGCGCUACUACGAUGCGCAGCGCGCCCGGCAGGCCAACAUGCAGCCCUCGCCUGAGGAGCUGCAGCGCUUCCUGGACAUGGAGCCCACCCGCAACUUCGGCGACCAGGCAACCUUCAGCGGCGCGCAGGCGCCCGAGGGCAAGCAGCCCGGCUCGGCGCCCUCUCGGGUGCUGCUGCAGCAGCUGCAUGACGCAGGUAUGCUCGACGCGCUUCCCGCCGAUGUACAAGCCAUCCUACGCCGCCGUGGCCCGCCACGUGGGCCCUCCACCACGCCCUUCGACCUCGCCAUUGAGGCGCGUGACCCACGGGUCGCCUCCGACGUCGUCCUGCAGUUCCUUGCCUACCGCCACCACGACACCCUCAACGCGCCCGCCAACCUCAAGUCCCUCUACCUCACCUUCCAGUUCUACCACUUCCCGCCCACCACCAGCGAAAUGGCCCUCCUGCUGCCGGUACGGCUCACCGAAGAGGCGGCGGCGCCCGACGGCACCUGCGUGCUGGUGCCUGCUGACCCUUCCAAGAAGGGUGCGGGCCUGGUGAUGAAGUUUGAGGUGGACGGCGGUACGGAGGCGGUGCCUUCCGGCCAGACGGCGCAGCAAGCGGGCUUUGAGGCCUCCAUGGCGUUCGCGCAGUACCUGGCGCACAAGACGCUGCACUUGGACGUGUGGGACGGCGAGUCGCUUCUGCAGGUCGGCACCGCCUCCGUGGACCUGCAGCCGCUGCUGCGCCAGGGCCGCGACUUCUCCGAGCUGCUGCUGGAGGUACCCAUCCUGGACCAGGCGGCGGUGGCGCCCUCUCUGCAGGGACAGAGCUUCGCAGAGGCGGCGUACAACGCAAACACGGGCCAGAACGACGCCAAGGCCACCGUCAUCUCCCGCGGCUCGCUGGUGCUGCGGCUGCUCAAUCUGGGCCGCGACUCACGCAACGCGGAUGCCAAGCUUCCCGAGUUCGACGACGCGCACAACCGGCCCAGCAAGAAGCGAGUGCGCGCCAAGCCGGCGUGGGAGGUGCCGCAGUCGGCCAUUGCGCGGGAGCUAGUGGCGGGGGCGGCAGCCGGCGGGCAGCAUGCCGGGUUCCUGUCGCCUGACCAAGUCCCGGCGGCAGGCGCCGCCCAUGGACCCUCCGCCUCAUCUGGCCUGGCACCGCCGGGGGAGGAUGUGAAGCUGCGCAUCCUGGAGCAGAGCCACCGCAAGAGCGCGCGCGUGCAGCAGUACCAGCGGCUGGCUGCGGCUGCAGCGGUGGAGGACGGCAAGGCGGACACGCGCCAGUCGUCUGCCCCCGCCGCCGGCGCCUACCGCGGCGCAGACGACCAGUUCCGGCGGGUCCAGAGCCAGCUGCUGGCGGACGUGUCGGCCGCCCGCAGCCGCCGCAAGCACGAGUUCAUUCUGGAGCAGCUGCGGCGCAGCAUGGUGACGCGGCGGGUGGUGCGGCCGGCGUACGGCGAGGUGCUGGUGUACGAAUACGAGUUCCAGAACCCCUACAGCCAUGAACAGACAUUUGAACUGCGCAUCAGCGCCCCGCACGAGGUGAGCGUGCUGUCCCGCCAGGAGGACUACCGCGCGCUGCGGGCUGCCAACGCGCGCUUCUUGGGCGUCGUGUCGCAGCCGGUGGGGCCGCUGGAGCAGGAGAUCAUGAGCGGCAACCGGAUAUACCUGCAGGCGCACGAACGCAUCACACUGCCAUUCCGGCUGCAAUCCUUCGAGCCGCCGGAGGGAUACAAGACCGCCAACCCCUCCGCCGCAGCCACCCCCGGCCAGCCCCACGACCCGGCGCUACGUGGAGCAGCCGCCAACGCCAGCGUCGCUGCUGCGGCCGCCGCCGGACUGCGGAGCCCUCAGCACAGGCAGCGCGUUGCAGGGGCCGCCGCAGCAGGCGGCGGGGGCGGUGCGGGCCCGCAUGCGUCCUCCCUGCCUGCGGGCCACUCGGUGUUUGUGGAGCUGAUCAGCACCAAGGACGAUGUGCCUGUGGCGGUGCUGGAGCUGGAGGUCGUGCCGCGACCGCUCAUCAUCGACCGAACCUUCAGGUACUACCAGUCCGAGCGGCAGCUGCUGCGCACCACCAUCAAGCUCCGCAACCUCCCCGGCUCCCAGGCCGCCUUCCUCACCGCCGCACCCGGCGCGCUGCGUAACGCCUGCGCCGCCUGCAGCCACCCGGACGUCAUCCUGGGGGUGGGCAGCUCGGCGCUGGCGGGCGGACCCGACCGCGACGAGGUGUACGUCAAGUACAAGGUCGGAGCUGCGCCCGAGGUGGCUCACUUCUACGUGCUGCUGUACCUUGAUCGGCUGAUGGCGCGGCCGGUGGAGGUGUGGCAGGUGUUCGUGCAUGCGCUGCGCAAGGUGGACAUGCGCGCCAUGAUCGGGCAGACCAGCCAGGCCAGUGUGGUGGUGCGGGGGGUGGUGUCGCGGCGCGUGGCGGCGUACACCACCCACCCGGAUGAGCUGACGGUGUCCCCCGACUCGUUCGUGCUGGUGGGCGGCGCGCUGAGCGAGCUGCUGCUGAGCUUCCGGCCGGUGGCGGCGGGGCUGCGCGACAUCAAGGUCAACCUGGUGGACAGCGAGAGCCGCGAGCUGGUGUACGCGCUGCUGGUGGCGGCGGAGGCGCAGGGGCCGCUCAUCAGCAGGACCUUCGAGGUGGAGCUGCCGGUGGGCGCAGUGGCCAACAAGAAGAUAACCUACACCAACCCCUACCAGCAAUACCGCGUAUUCACGCUGCGAUCCAACCAGCCCUGGCUCGUGCACUUCACGCCGCCGCGGCUGCAGAUGCCGGCAGGCGCCACACGACCAGUGGGUCUUACCUUCGACGCACGCGCCGCGACGGCGGGCAUUGUGGACGCGCUCGUGUUCAUCAAUGACGACGAGGACAAGACGGAGGAGUGCAUGAAGAUCCGCGUGCGUAUAUACAAGUAGAUAGCCGUGGCAUGCCGUACCGUGACAUGCAUGUUUCGUGUGCGCGUGUUUGUAAACGUAUGGAUGACCCAACAGUACAUAGGAGUUUGGUGGCGUAAGGCCUCCAAACGCUCAUGAUGUGUCGUGGCUGGGUGCGCCGCGGUAAGGUGGGUCGUGUUGUUGGUUGCAAGAUGCAAUGUAAGGAUAUUUAUGGAUUACGGUUCUUGUAGGUUCGACUUGCUACCAUACCCGGUUGUUGGAGUGGAGUCCUGUGUUGCUAGUCGUGCUUGAUAGGACGCGAGUCUUACCGGCUUGCACUAAGUGUGCAUGAGGAUGUUACACUGAGCUACACUAUUGCUAACGGUGAGGCAAGGGAAAACGGGCAAUACACAGUCCUACUGAAAGCAACCUGACUGUCGUGGGAAAGUCUUGGCGCGCUGAGGAAAGAACGACGUGACUGGGCUAUGUAUACCGCACAUGCUUUGGGUCGGAGGUGUAUUCUUGAAAACUGAUGUGUGCAUGUGGUGUUCCAAUGAGGGUGUUUCAAGGGGAGGCGGCUCCGAAGGGACUCUACAUGCUCCCCCCCCGACGCCGCUUGACAACACACUUCAUAACACGACACGCUUUAUA